GAGGGCGCCAAUGGCGGGCAGCGUGGACGAGGAAGCGCUGCACCAACUGUACCUGUGGGUAGACAACAUCCCUCUGUCCCGGCCCAAGCGAAAUCUCUCCCGGGACUUCAGUGACGGAGGUGUGCGCUCCAGCGUGUGUGUGUGUGUGUGUGUGUGUGUGUGUGUGUGUGUGUGUGUGUGUGUGACAGACGUGUGAGCUCCAGCGUGUGUGUGUGUCCGCGUGCGCGUCUGGGUGUGUUCUGUAUGUCCUUGUGUGUCUACGCGUUCUGUCCUGUAUGUACGGGUGUACGGGGUGUGUGUGCAUACACGUCUCUUGUGCUUGUGUGCUUGUGGCGGCGGAGGCGGGGGUGGGUUGGUGGGAGGGGUGUCUAUCUCCUAGAACUUCAGUUGUAGAAGUGUGCAUCUUGGGUAUGUGGGCAUGUGUGUGUCCAUAUUAUGUAUACAUGUUCUAUCCUUUAUGCAUGUGGUGUGUGUGUGUGUCUGAGUCUGUGACUCCCUCCUGGGACUUUAAUGACUAAGAUGCGUUCUGUGUAUGUAUUUGUACAUUUCUGUGUGUGUGCAUGCCUAUUCUUCUAUUCUAUAUAUCUGUCUUGUGGGAGUCUGAGCAUGUGUUUGGUCAUAUGUGUGUUGACAUGUUCUGUCCUGUAUGUAUGAGUGUGGAUGUUGUGUGCAUAUGUUUCUUUGUGAUUGUGUAGGUGUGUGUCCAAGACUGUCUCCUGGGAUUUUAAUAAUAGAAGUAUGCACCUCUCUGUGUGUAUAUUGGUGACACUUUGUGCUUCUGUGUGUGUGUGUUGGUGACUGUCUCUUAGAACUCCAGUGAUAGAAGUAUGUGUCUGUGUAUGUUUCUGCAUCUCUGUGUCAUUUUGUGUGUGUGUGUGUAUUUAUGUCAAUUCCUAGAGUGAGGCCCCAGCCUCCUGAAGUGUUCUCUUUGAGACUUAUAGAGGACUAGAGACCUUAGUUUUUAUAUGCCCCGAGUUAAUGGCAAAGGAGUGCAGCUCCUUUGGGGUGUGCUGGAAUUUUUGUCUCUGGCUGAUCACUGAUCUUGCUUUCUUACCUCACCUCCAUAUCAUCCUUACCCCUUUCCACAUCUUCACCUCUCCGCUUGGCCCCACCACUCUGAAAACCCUGAUUCUCCCAUCCCACCCAUUCUUUCUCCCUCCCCCUUCUUCCUUACCCAUCUCUACAACUUCCAUGUCUGCUCCCACCCCCUCUCCCUCAGUCCUGGUCGCAGAGGUCAUCAAGUUUUACUUCCCCAAGAUGGUGGAGAUGCACAAUUAUGUUCCUGCUAACUCUCUCCAGCAGAAGCUGAGCAACUGGGGUCACCUGAACAGGAGCCAGUCCACCAUCCCUGUGUCUGCCCCCCAGGAAGGUGCUGAACAAAUUGAGCUUCUCUGUACCAGAUGACGUGAUGCGCAAGAUUGCACAGUGUACCCCAGGCGUGGUGGAGCUGGUGCUCAUUCCACUGAGGCAGUGCCUGGAGGAGCAGCAGAGGCGCAGGAAGCAGGGCACCAGCUCCUUACAGGAGCUGGCUCCCCAGGAUGGCACUGACUACAUAGAUGUGGGUUUGUCCCAGAAGGCCCGAGGGGAAGGUGCUCCAGACCCCCAGGGAGGGGGGCAGCUCAAGGUGGGCCGGCUGCCUGUACCCCGGCCUCUGGGGUAUAGCCAGGCGCUGCAGGGCGACCGAAGCUUCGUCCUCCAGAUUGCUGAAAAGGAGCAGGAGCUGUUGGCCUUGCAGGAGACUGUGCAGGUCCUGCAGAUGAAGGUGAGACGCUUGGAGCACCUGCUCCAGCUCAAGAACGUGCGCAUCGAAGACCUCUCCCGGCGGCUCCAGCAGGCGGAGCGUAAGCAGCGGAGAAUGGACUGCUUUCCAGAACCUAGAAGCCACAUGCAGAGACCUGGCAUGCACCUCAAAGCAGUGCCUGACACCAGAGGGGGUUCUGCCUUGGUGCUCCCUGUGCUGGGCCUUGGGGGGUGGUCCCCCAGCUCGGUCCGCACCCCUAGAACCCGGUCCCCGCCCAGCUCUGAUGACAGCAGCGUCUCCAUCCAGGCUAGUCCUCUGUGCCCUGGGCCAAAGGGGAAGCUGCCCCAGACACCUGAGGGGCUUCCUCGCCCCUCCUGGGCACUCACCUGGGACCCAGCUGGAGGCUGGAAAGUGCAACAGCUGAAGGGGUGAGGAGUGAGCUCAGCCAGGAGUGGGGAAGACAUGGGCUGUGCUUGUUCCAAUUGCCCUCCCCUCACAGGGGUUAUGUUAAGAAUGUCUGGGCUGCCCCCAUUAAAGGUAUGCUCUCCUUCCUGUGCCUGCCUUCUGUUCUCUGAGGGGGAUUUCCUGUCCCCCUUGUGCUACACCCCACCCCUUAAGUGAAAGAGCCUUGUGGGCCCAGAGUGGGUCUCAACUCGUGGUAGCUGGGCCCUGAAGUGGCCACUGCUUGGUAGGUUGAUGAUACCACCAGGGGUUAGGUCUUGUGCACUAGGACAGCCUGACUUCUAACUCUGGCUUUAGACUGACCCCCAAACCUAUCCUCACAGUGUCCUCCAACCCUGUCCAAACCCAACCACAAACCCAGGCUUCAGAUUCUCACCAAAUGUAGCCACAUAGUCACCCUCAACCCUGCUUAUGGACUCACCCCUAAACCUGUCCUCUGUAUGACUCCCAACCCUGCCCACAGACUGACCCCAAGUUCUGUGGACCAAGGCCAAGCUUGACUCUCAACCCUGACCAAGAUACCAUGGCCUUUGGUGCCAUCAGCCUUUGGUGCCAGGCUGGAAUCGAGUCCAUGUUGUUAGAUCUUCUGAUAUUUCA